AUGGCGUCGCUUGGACGUGACGAAUACAGAGAAGGCUACAACUGGAUCAACCAAUUACCGAGCUUAACUCAUCUUGAAGAGCUGAGUAUUCAGGUAUUCCGUUAUCCAAGCCAGAUUUUCGAUGCGCUUCUCAUCAUCGGUCAAUUACCACUACUUGAACGUUUGAUGCUUGACAUUCUAUAUGAAUGGACUUACGAAAUCGGGGACGACCUGAAAGAGACUUAUCCACUAUCAUCCUUGCCCCUUCCCCUAUUCCCAUCAUUGCGCGGACUUUCUCUUAAUAGGAAUACGAGUCAUUAUCCGAAGUUAUUGCAAUGGAUAUGGAGCUUAAAGCCACUGGUUUCUGGAUUAACUACGAUCCUUCUUGAUGCGUGCGGUUUUCGUGAUAGCACUGAAGAAUUCAAUAAUCUCGUUCUUCAACCUUUGUGCGAUGGAAGUCCAAAUCUAACUAGCUUAAACUACGUUUGCCAAAGUAACAAUAAGUUGAGCACACUAGACAUUAUCUGUGGAUUCGUAUCACAAAUGCAACUGAAAGAAUUAAAGGUACAUGAGGAUUGGAUAACGGAUUUGAAGGUGUAUCCUGCACUCUAUCAAGGAAGAGUUUUUCCCCAUUUACGUCGCCUGCAUCUACCCUUCCUACUGGGUGCACAACGCCUGGACCUUCUUGCCGAACUUGCUAAAGCCUUGCCGAACCUUGAAUACUUGAGCAUCUCCAUGGCUUUCGAUUCAUCUUGGUCCCCUGAACAGUCGUAUUCUGAGAAAGAUUUUGAUGUCGACACUGUAUCGUUCCAAUCGAUCCGAAUCGAGGCAGAGGUGCAUCGUAAUCAUAAGGGACGGCAGAUCGAAGGUAAUGAAUGGAAACAAUGGUCGAUUCAAGAACUGGAAUGUCUUGGUCAAUCAGGAAUUAGAUUCUUGAAAGCUAUCUGGCCUAAUGCGUCGUUAUGCAUCGGCAUUUCUAGAAGCGAGCCGUUGUUCUUUUUCGAGGUUUAA